UGUAAUUCUCGUUGGCUUGUGUCUAGUAAAAUAUUUAUUAAUAAAGUUUAAUUGUUUUUUAUUUAUUUAAUUUAUUAAUUAAUUUUUUUUUCACUUAAUGGAGUUGGAAAAAAUUUAGUGAUAAUAAAAUCAUAAGUAAACUUCUUUUUUAUAAAUAAUGUCGGACACUGAAAAGGAUAUACCUGUUUUUACAUAUCGUAGAUUAAUAUCAUUGCAUAUUGAGGAUGAGUCAGAUAAUAAAAAUAAUAAAAUUUGUGGAUUUCAUUUAACGCGAUCGCCAUGGGAUCCUUAUCCAUGGAUAAGUUACGUUGAACCUGGAAGUAUUGCUGAUAAAUCUGGACUUAAGUUAUUAAUUUUAUUUUUUUUUCAUUUUGUGAACUGGCUUAAAGCCGGUGAUUGUCUUUUGGACAUAAAUGCAACUGAUAUAGUUGGAUUAAGGGUCAAAGAAAUAGCUUCGUUGAUAAAACGUGAACCUGGGGUUACAAUAGAUUUACAAGUAUGGCGUCAUGAUGGCGAUGAAAAUCAGGAUACAUCUGAAUUUGGCGUCGCGGUAUCGGGACCACUUCCUUCUUUGGCACGUAAAUUAGCUAAAGCCGUUUCGGGUACAAUUUGUGCACUAGAGUGUCCGAUUUGUUUAGAAACCGCCUCCUCGCCAGUAUCUCAGUGUGUCCAUGGUCAUAUUCUGUGUUCAAAUUGUCGUAAAAAAACCCCGAGAUGCCCAAUUUGUAGAAUUAGGUUAGGCCAGGGCAGGUGUCUACUCGCUGAUCAAAUUCAAAUAAAUAUCCGUGAUGCUUAUCAAGAAGAUUUUUCACGUUUGGUAUCUCAAGCUUCAGCAAAUGGUCAAAUUUUGAGCUCAGCAUUAAGAGAAAAAUUAUUUGGUAAAUCUGUCGGUAAAAAUACUGCCGAUAAAAAAGAAAAUGCGAUUUUACCGGCUGUCCAAAUUAAGCGACGGCUGGGAAGAUUUCUUCUAGGAGGUUUUGAUAAAGCGGCAUCUGUUGAUAAUUUAACGAACGAGCCUUCAUCAUCAUCGGCAACAGCAUCACCACUACCAUGUUACCGACGAUUAGGGGAAUUAUUUACCGGCGAUCGGGCUAAAUCGGCCAGUACUGGAGAAUUACGUGAAGCCAGAGAUCAUUCACCUGCAAAUAAAACCCAACCAAAUGGCUCCGAAUUGGAGGGGACUAGAAAUUUUUAUAACAAUUCAAGUGGAUAUUUAAGUGUUCCGGUGCCAUCGACACCGUGUUGGGGCGGUUCUAUGGAAUCUGUUGUAAACUCAUUUCCAUGUCCGCUGGGUUAUAAAACUUCUUGCUAUGAGCCGGUUCAUAAUGAAAAUUUAAUUGAGCAUUUUGGUAAAAAUCAUCAGAUUGUACAAAUUCACUUCUAUGGAUCUAAAAUAACUAUUCCGAUAAAAAUGGAUUUUAAUUGCGAUACUAUUCAUGUUAUUCAUUAUGCCAAUGAUUUAUUUUUUUUUCAUUUCGAACAAGAGACAGCAUGGAUGACAAGCCCAUCAACUAAAGGCGAGUGGAUUCUACACGGCAAAAGUUCCGAAAACACGGAAAUAAAAUUGAAACGUCGGAUCACUAAAAUCGAUAACGUAAAACCAGUGGCCGAUCUCGCACCAAUUCCUAAGGCAUUUAAUAUCAUGGUCCUUGAUAUUGAACUACUGGUAUCACAGUCCGAGGGUCUAGAUAUUUAAUAUUAUUGUGAAUAAUAAAAUUUCAAUUGUCAAUGAUUAACAAUUUUUUUUAUUUCGUAUACAAAAAGGUACAAAAGAUAUAAUAAUUAUAAUUACAAUUACAGUAACACAUACUGUGUUUAAUCACUUAUUACAACAAGUAAAUUAAUCUUGUGUAAUAAUAAUAAUCACUUAUACUCUAAAUAAUUGAGCACAAUUAUUGGUAAUUAAUAAGUUCAUUAAAAAGUAUGAAAGCUCGUGGAAAAAAAUUUUACCAA